AGUCAGUAUCGCUGCCCACAGACCGGCUGCUAUUCAUCUUCAUAAGGAUGCGCAAAAAUUGUGGAUUCUCUUUUCUUUGGUGAGGCGGUAUGAACCAUGACUCCAAUAAAUCAUCAUCAUUAGGAAUGAUCUCCACGGCAACUCGCACCACGGCUACUGUCAGUCCCCUCAGCCCGCUAACCAAUGGGAACGCAGUUGCCCAGUCUGCAAACUCGGGAUUCGCUGCUGCUCUUCGUAAACUGGCCAAACAGGCUGAGGAUCCCAGAGGUUCGACCCUCAGCGGUGAGUCGUCUCCAGUCUCCUCCCCGGCCACCAGCCACAGCUCGCCAGUCACCACUCCAAAGCGGGGUUCUUUAGGGCCCCUCCUGGGUCAGAGCAGGGGCCACGGUGUCCCCAGCACCCCUCCGGUAGUCACCAUUGCCCCCACAAAGACCAGCAACGGCCUGUGGAGGGCCGACGGACGACAGGUUGAGCCUGGUGUUCAGGGAAUCAGUCGGGAGAGGGUGGGUGCUGAGAACAGCCAGCAACAGCAGGAUAAGAGGACUCCGCCCAUCCCUUCACCUCACCCACUGGCUCACCCCUUUGGCCUCACCCCUAGCUCCAUCAUGCAAGAUCCCAGAAUACAGAGCCUUAGUUUGCCUGGGCAGAUGCACCCUGUGAUUCCUUCAGGUGCCGUCCCAGAGGAAUACCUGAGAGCACUCCGGCCCUUCGCCACCUCAGACGACCUUCGAUUGACCUCUUUACCCCUGAGCCUUGAUCCUGCUGCUGCUGCUGCCCAUGCUGCAGCUGCUGCUGCUUACUAUCAUCCUGCCUACCUGCACCACCCUCUGUCCUUACCAAGGAUGGAGGAGUCUCUGUGUCUUUCUGCGCUGCGGUCACAGUUCUACUCUGUGCCUGCAGGGGGCACCUUCCCUCCUCUACACCCCUCUGCCCUCCACUUGCACCUGCCUGGAGGCCGCUACCCUGGAGAACUAAACCACACAGCACUGGCUGAGAGGCUACAGAUGGAGAAUGAGCUCCGCCAGCGAGAGAGAGAGCAAGAGCGUGAACGAGAGAAAGAAAGGGAGCGCGAGGCAGAGCUGGAACGAGAGCGGGAGAGGGAGAGGGAGAGAGAGAGGGAGGAGGAGAGGGAGAGAGAGCGGGAGAGAGAGCUGGACAGACAGAAGGAGAAGCAGAGGGAGAGGCAGCAGCAGAUGGUCCGAGCGGCGGAGAGCCACUACCUGGCUGAGCUGCAGGCUCGGAGGGCGCCACCGGAGGACAGGGCCAGGCCAGGGGAGAGGCUGACCCCAAACAGACUGGAUAAACCCAAGGAUUCAGAGCAUCCAGGUUUCCCAGCACCUAAACCUCUGCCCCUGCAGGCUGGCCUUCACUCUUCCAGGGGCUCUAUCCCACACCCAAUGCCCAGCCUGGUGCCUUCUCACCUGGGGAAGCAUCAUGCUGCUGCUCUGGCAGCCGCCAUGAUGACUCAAAGGGCCAGCGAGGAGGCGUGGUUAGCACGGCAACGAGGACAAGGGCAGGAGAGGGAGGGUCCGCUGGAGCUGGGCCUCAGGUCACCAGGGAAAGGGGUGGAUCAAAGGAGAGACAUUUACAGAACCAAUUCAAUCCAUCACAACCCAGGCAGCAAAGAUGUACCCCCUUGCCUCGGUGCCCCACCUCCUCUUAUCUCCCCUAAAGGUCCCCAUCAUACUCCUGCUGCUCCAACUACACUGUGGAACCCAGCUUCCCUUGUUGACACACCUACAGACUCCCGCAGAAAACUCAACCCUCCUACACCACCAAGUCGACCGCCUCCGGGACUGACGAGAAACGACAGACCCUCGCUAAGCUGGGGGGAGAAGCUGGAAGAAGGAGGCAGGAGGAGGGCAGAAGGCCCAGAGAGGUACCCCUCACUGAGGGCGGCUAGUUUACAGGAGUCCUGGAACAGGACUGAGCAGGACAGAGCCAUUCAGAGUCUCUACCACCGGCAUCACAUCAAUAACCUCCACCAGAGAUCCUGCGUACCUCUGUCGAUCCCCAGCACUGACCUGGGGGGACUGUGCCGGGAGGCCUCUCCGUCUCCGGUGAGGGAGCGACAGAGUCAGGCGCCCGACAGCAUGCUGGUGUAUGACGAGGUUCUCCAGCAGCACCGUCGGCUGCUCAGCAAGCUUGACCUGGAGGAGAAGAGAAGGAAGGAGGCCAGAGAGGGAGGUUAUUACUAUGACCUGGAUGAGUCGUAUGAUGAGAGUGACGAGGAGGAAGUGAAAGCCCAUUUGAGGAGAGUGACAGAACAGCCGCCACUCAAACUGGACACGUCCUCUGAGAAAGUGGAUUUGCUACGUGUGUGUGGUCUGACCACGCUGGCCCAUCGCGAUGAGCUUCUGGCACAGAAGAGGAGGAAGAGGAGGAGGAUGAUGAGAGAGCGCAGCCUCUCUCCGCCGGCCGUGCGGGGCAAGAGAAAGGCCUCUUCACCUUCAACACCUACAAAUCCCUUAAGUACCCCAUACUCUGCCGAGCAGAUGGACUGCACCCCCGAACUGGAGGAGAAAAAAGACUUCCUCCUUAUGUUCAACCUCUCCCAUGUCAGCCCACAGCAGAGGAGAGAUAAGGAGAGGACAGAGGAGCUGCUGAGGGCCAUUCAGAGGAAGACUGUGACGUUAGACACUCUCAGAUAUAAUCCUUUACCUCCGUGUAGCAGUCCUCCUGCUCCCGCAACUGGUGACUCCUCCUCAGCCCCUCUGCCGUGUCAAUCAAAUGGACAUCUGUACCCAGACUCUCCCAGCCCUUCACCUCCUUACUUACAUAAACCUAAGCACCUCCAUAAUGACACAUUCAAACCCUCCAUGGACUCGCAGGUGGCCCGUGUUCCUCCACCCUUGGCCUCUCAAUGUGAAAAGGUUGAAUUCAUGGAGGCUCAGCCAAACAGGAAGCUCCAGGGGCUCCAGAACGGCGUUGUUGUUUCGCCUCAGAAAAAGGAGCUCAAUCUGGUGCAGAAUGGAAGGAAUCGACCCUGGGAGAGAUUCACACCUGAGGCCUUUGCUCAGCACUUCCACCAGGCUGUGCUGAAGUCCACACACAACACACUGCAGAACAAAGGAAUCUCAAAUUGUGUCCCUGAAGCUGGCGUGAAGGCUGAGCACUCGUUGGCUCACAACAUCUCUCACCCGAAACAUUCAAAUCUUAACCAUGCCCCUCAGCAUGCACACAUCAACGGCAAUCACUUCCAUUCUCCGGUGGUCAGGCGGGACACUGCAGCACCACGAGAAAACCUGUCUGAUGAGGACGAGGAAGAAUCUGGGCAGGAGGAUGAGGAUGAGGAGGAGGAGGAGGAGGAGGAAGCGGAAGAAGCUCCAAGGAAGUGGCAGGGUAUUGAAUCUAUUUUUGAGGCCUACCAGGAGUAUGUGGAUGAAUGGAGUAUAGAGAGGCAGGUUCUUCACAGUCAGUGUAAAAGACUCGAAGCACAGAACUAUAAUCUGACCAGAACUGCUGAACAGCUCUCUCUCACUAUGGGGGAGCUGGUGAGUCAGAGGCAGAAAGUGAGAGAGGAGAGAGAGAGACUGCAGGCCCAGCUGGAGCACUUCAGGAGGUGUUUGACACUACCUAACAUUCACUGGGGCAGGGGGCAAGUCAACGGGCACACACCGAGGUGACCUCUGACAACGACUCUGAUGGAUUCGCCUCUGACAGGAAAGGAGCAGUAACAAGAACAAGAUGGACUGGAGCCAGGCCACUCUCUGCACUUGAAGCACUUGAAGGAGCCAAUCCUUGUCUUGUUACCUUUUCUGGCCAAUCAGUUAUGUUACCUGACUGGUUCCAGAUUUAAUUGAUUACCUGCCAUGUUUGCCACAGUAACAUCAAUCCACCAUGACCAUAUAGUCUGGGCAUUCCCACUUUCUUUGUUGCUCUGCCAAUGGACUGUAACAAUACUGUGUAGGCGAAACAGCGUCUCUGUAACGCUAACCACUCCCACUAGUCCCUGAGUUGGCUUUAAGGACUUUCCACCAUUUAACUCAUAUCAUAUCAAUUUCUGUGUAAACUGUAUUGAUCCACACUAAUGAGAUGUAUCACUUGGCACAAAUCUGUAGCCUCUCUGGACAGCAGUGAGAAGAGACUAAGUGUGCAGAGGUCACUUGGUUAAAACUCAGAGAAUGAAAAUUGAGUCAAGGAAUCAAAGCACACCUCAGGCCUUAAACUUGACAGGAUGCACUUGAAAUGGAAUUUGAGGAAAUACUUGACCGUCCUCCGUGUGGUAUAAUGUUGUAGUGUCUACUGAGUACUGUAUCUGACAGAUGAAGCAGUUUUUGUGCUGGUAAUGGUUCUACAGAGGAUAGGAAACAUCUAAAAGAUAAUAUCUAUAUAAUGGCAAAUGGUAUCAGUGAAGUUUUUUUUUUUGAGGUUUAAUACAUUUUUCAUUGGUAAUGUCACUUGUGAUAGACAAAGAAUUUUGUAUGUUUUAUUGUUUUAACCAUUUCUUGUGGGAAGCCAUAUGUUUUGAUUGAACUGCUGCUGGUCAGAAUCAAAAUGUUUAGAAAAUAAAGGGUGUUAUGACAGUUGUAUUUGGAAAUUGUCAUGUGAUGUCAAAAUGUUUAGGGGUGGACAAAGAGGAAAUAGGGAUGAAAGACAACAUGGCAACCGUCAGUAAUUGUUAUGGUUGUCAUUACCAUCGUUCAGAUGGCCCAGAGUCUGUCUCCUGAGCCCUUCACAUGCCUACAAAUGUCAACAAAACUUGAAGAGAAUAAAAGUUUGGAUUUGAUUUCAUUGAUUUGACACUAUACGUGUAGUUAGAUAAUUGAGUGAGACUACAGUACUUUUAGAUAUUCUGUCCAACCAUACAAACCUGAAGGUGAUCUCAUAUGGCAUUAUUUAGAAAAACUAAGUUUCAAUUAAGGAGAUAGAAAAGCCAAGUCAUUAUUCACCUUCACUUCAGGACUAUGUCAGAACAUAUAAACAGUGUCUUUUCACUUGAUACUCUUAGAGUACUUGAAAUUCUGUAAUUGUUUAUGGGUAACAUAGACUUCAGAAUGACACUAUCCUUCUGUGGAUAACAAACUACACCUUCUGUGGUCUUUGGAUGAGAUUUAUUUUUGUUCACACCAGAUAAAACAAUGUCAGAAAAUUCAUAAUUUCUGCCUGUUUGCCUCUGAAUAUUGAAAAUCCCAGGAGCCCUUUCCUACAAGCACAAACUACAAUAACAACUUCCCCAAAUCACCUGACCUCCCUCCAUCACCUGCUCAGUCUCCUCUGCAAACUUGCUGUGAAAUCCUGCAUAUUUGUUUCAAUCAGUUGUUAUGUAAUGUAUUAUUUGGGCUGUAUAAUUGCAAUGAAUUAUUUAUUAACAUAUAUUGCUGUACAUUCUGAUGGAAAUUUACAUUAAAAUAUUUGUAAAAUGUCUAUUAUCUGUGAUUGUCACGUAUCUGGGGAGAGAUCAAGUUUUCACUUCUGAUGAAUAUUAAACAGUUGCACAGUUUGUGCAGCCAAACUCACAAAUAUUUACAACUGAGUCUUCUAAUGCAUUUGCUCUUCAGUAAUCACUAACUAUUUUCUCUAAUCCUGAACCCCUCUCCAGCUUGGGCUGAUGUAUGUUGUCAACCGGUUUUGAAUACACAGAGGUAGUAAAUGAAAAUUAGUUUAUCAUGUCAGACCCUCUAUUCAUAAAAUAUUUCCUAGCUACACAAUAUUUCCCCAGUAAUUAAAGUAGCUGAAUUUAAUCAUUGUAAUUUUCUACAGAGCAUGUGCUCCAUUGUCAGUUAAUGAAGGGGACAGUUAACUUGCCCUAUGAUGUAAUGGAAGAGUGUAACCAGAUGUAAGAUGGCUGCUCCGACUGCAUGGUUGGUGAAAUUCAAAGGUCGCUGUCACUCUAAUUACUUAGUGUGUCAGUUCCAUGUUUACUGAAAAACACUGCCAUGUUUGUCUUCUUUGGUUUGUAAAACAAGAUUAAGAAAGACAACCAAAUGAAGAAAUGAAGUCCCAUGAGCAGGUAAGUAUGGCGUAUAUACCAUUCUAUUGCAUAGAUGAUUAAUUUAUAGUGCCAUAUACAGAUGGAUAACUGACCAUCCUUUUCUGAUUUUAGAUUUUUUGUCUCUGAACUCUACUGGAGGGAUGGGACACCAAUCUUCCAAAAGAUAUUCCCUCAUUUGGUGAGAUGUUGCUCCAAAAUCUCCAAUGUGUGUUUAAUUGGUUUGAGAUAAUGUGACUGUGAGUAUAUAGUAUAGUAAAUGAUUCAUUUUAAUACUCAUCAAACCAUUCAGUGAUCUCUUGUGUCCUGUAGA